AUGAUUGCUGCCAAUGAACCACAGGAAUUCGUUCCACGUGGAAGGCAGCAAGCAAAUCAACAUCCGGGUCCUAUUGAAACUUUGAAAAAGUUUAUUGUUGCCGAUCAAUGUUCAGAAAAGUGGAUUUUAAGGCUUAGCCCGGAAUAUUUUGAUGAUUACGCUGUUAAGACAGUUAAAGAAGAAAAUAAAAAUAAUUUUGAACAAGAACCAAACGAAAAUAGUCAAUUGUAUCAAAGCAAAGUGAAUUUAUCAAAAAAAAGGUUAUCAGAUGUUGCUUUUAAAAGAAUUUUUUCGGGUGCCGGAGAUAGUAAAACAUGUCAAAGUGGUGCUAAAUCACCAGGAAAUAGCAUAAAUAAUAAAUCUCUUCCAAUUACUUGUAAGCCUUUGCUAAAUUUUAUGGAGGAAGAACUUUAUUUUAAAGAAAACACGGUUAUUUGGAGUCGAGGAAUUUCUUGUGGAGAUCCAAAUCCAACUCAAGAUAUAAUCAGCUGUUAUUCGUCAACAUUCCCAAUAAAACAAGCACUUUGGUGUAAUUUUUAUUGUGAAAAACCAAUUUUAAACAUUGAAAAUCAAGAAAUAUGUAACGAUGAUUUAUUAAAUGACCCAAUUCCUGGUGUAAUUAUAUUGGACACUCAUUAUCUUCGAACGUAUAUAAAAGAAAGUGAAGAUUUCACUGUUGCUUUAAUGUUUCAAGUAAAAAAAGUUUGGACAACAAAAUUUGGCGUUCUAUUAGAACGCGAUACCACAACAAUAGAUAAAAACAAUAAAACUUGUGUUGCAAAAUCACCGGUUAUGUAUUCAUUAUCGCAUCCUUUGGAUGAAUUAAGCCCUGUUGUUUUAAAACAUCACAAUACUCAAAUUGCGAAUGAUGAAGCAUUUAAAGUUGUCUUUACAAGCGAAUCUCCUAGUAUUUGUAUGAUUUACGAUGCCAAUUUGGGUGUUCAUAACGUUUAUAAAAUUAGGAGGUUAUUUUUAAACGAAUGGGUGGAUGAUUUGAAUAAAACUGAAGGAUAUAGUCAUUCAAGUUUUAGUACUUCUAGUAAAAUGAAAAAUAUAACAUCAAUUUGGGAUCAUUUAAAACCAAACAUGACAACUCCUGGAGCUCCAAGUCCAUUUAGUACACGAUCGAAUAGUUAUACAAGCGGUCAAAGUGGUUAUCAUCCUUCAGGAUCUCAAAGUCCAAUGAUAUAUAAUAACUCAUCAACAUCAAUUGGGUCAUUAACCCCAUCAAAUUUAAAAUCAUCUCGAAUGAACAGUUUAUUAAAAAACGUUAAUGUUCCUAAAUAUGGAUAUAUUGAAAUGGAAGAUGGGGAGAUUUUGCCACCGACGACUCCUAAAAUAUGUUUGGAACACCUUUGGACGGAGAAUCCACCAACAAAUUUAGAUGCUUUAAAUGGUUCGGCUUCGAAAGCUUUUAUAACUGAAGAUUUCACCUCCCAAAAUUAUUUAUGUUUUAUGGUCCCAUCGAAAAAUCAGUUGUACGUAGUUAAAAUUGAAAUUUCAAUUAAUAAUGUUAUUUUUGGAAUGUCGAUGAGCAUUGGGGCUAAAGAUGCCAUUUCAAUUCCGUCGAUGCAUAUGUAUGGGAUUUUAGAACACAGUGGAAACGUAGUUUUAUAUUCUGGAUUAACAAUGAUUGGAAAACUAAACAUAGGCGGAGUUUUACCACAACAUAUUUCAUCACCAUAUGUUAUGGAGAAUAUUCGCCAUUUACAAUCACCUUUUCCAAGGAGAAGUAGUUUAUUGCCUACUUCGGAUUCAUCAGCUGCAGCUCCACGUUUUGAUGAACAUUUAUUAUCCCCAGUUUUACCAACUGUUAGUUCAAGACCAAAAUCGGUCCAUAUAAGCACAAUUAUUUCUGGUGAUUCGAAGCCUCAAUUAAUUGGAUUAAGAGAUCCCGUUUUAAAUAGAAUUACCCUCCAAUAUUCUGAUGACACCUUCUAUCGAAUUAAAAUACCUUAUUUAUCCACAUCAACUUUAGUCGAGAGUUGCUUAAACGCUUUAAGAGAAUGUUUACCAAGGGAUGUUUUAAUGACGGUUAUUGUGCGGUGGUACACAACGAGAAAUUCUUUGGGAAAUUUCGAUUUAACGCCAGAGAAGGAGUGGGAGUUAUUUUAUAGCGUGAUUUUCCAACUCUUGGGUUAUGAAGAUUCGAAUGUGAGUAAUGGUUCGAGCGAUAAUUCAAGCACUCCAAGUUCAAGCUCGAAACGUUCGAGGCAUUCAUUCACCCCAAAUAAUUCAAACUGGGAUUAUUUAUUAACAACGAAUCACCACAAAAAAAUUCAUAACCAUCUUUCGAAAAUUUUGCAUUUAAAACCAUCUCAAUCUGGAUUUGAUUCGAAACAAACCAAUCCAAAUUGUGGCAUUCAAGUGAAUACAAACUCGGUUUUAUUCCCUUACAUUAAAAUAAUUCAUUUUACGCUUCAUUUGUUGUACGAAGAUUUAAAAUUGAAUACUUUACGUAAAAACGAAUUAAAACAUUUAGCACAAUUUUUAAGCAAAAUUUCGCACGAUUUAUGCUUAAUUGAGUUUCAAGUACAUUAUUGGAAGGAUUACCCCGAUACUUGCAAAGUGAAUUAUGAUGAUAGGAAGAUGUUAAAUGAACAGGAAUUAAAAGGAACUUUAACAUGGUCUGGGAUGAGUAACAAACCAUCAGGGAUAUUCCAAUUUCUUUAUGAACUAUUAAACACCAACAAAUUAAGCGGAUUCCCUUACAUUAAAAACGUUAAUUCUCGCACGAAAAACGUCAUACAAUUAUUCGUUUUUUAUAUAAAAUAUUCCAAAAAAGAUGUGGACCUAAACAUCGAAAAUUUAAUAAACAUUAUAUCGCCGUCCGGAUUAAAACAAGAAAUUAUAUCCGAACCAAAAUUGUUAUCAAACUGCUCCCAUAACAAUCUUUUUCGUGUAAUUGAAAUGAUGACCCACCUUGGAAUAACAAAUCGUGAAUUAGAAACUUACCCAAGCAGUAUUUAUCUCAUUCUUUACGACACGAUUUGGUUGUGCAGAGAGAACCCACCAAACGAUUGGCCAACCGAAUGUUACACUUUAUUACAAAGACCCGAUUUAACAGCAUUAACUUUAAUCACAAAUAAAGAAAAUAAAAGCGAAAGCAUCCCGAUUUUUUCACAAACCGAAUCUGAAACUGACGAUGGAAUGGAAGACACCGAUAAUGCGUUAUUAAAAUUAAGAUUUCCCAACGAUUUGAGGGUUUUAGAGGUACGUCGGUUAUUGUGUAGCUCAAAACCGGUUCCUGUUAUUGUGACGCAAAGACCUGACGUUUCUGAUCACGAUUAUAUCGAAGAACAAGAAAGACAUCUUUAUGCUUUAUGCUCAAGAACGAUGGCUUUACCAGUUGGGAGAGGAAUUUUUACAUUACGAAUGGCUUCACCGGUAAUAACAGAACCUUUAACAGUUCCCCCUCUGUGUUUAACCGGAAAAGCACCACCACGUGGUACAACCGUCGAAUUAAGUCACAUUGACACACCGCCCUCGAUGAAUCAUUGGCCUCUUUUCCAUAACGGCGUCGCAAACGGACUUAGAAUUUGCCCUGAAGCUAAAAUUGAUUCGACUUGGAUUGUUUUUAAUAAACCAACCGGAAGUAGUGAAAUAGAACACGGUGGAUUUUUGUUAGCGAUGGGUUUGAAUGGUCACUUAAAAAACUUGGAAACUAAAAGUAUUUUUGAUUAUUUAUCGAAAGCGCAAGAAACGAUUACGGUGGGGGUUUUAUUGGGUUUAGCGGCUGCUUUUCGUGGGACGUGCGAUGUUAAUAUUGCGAGAAUGUUAAGUAUCCAUUCCGAGGCUUUAUUACCGCCCACAUCGAUGGAAAUGGAAGUUUCUCACAAUUCUCAAAUCGCGACUUUAUUAGGGAUUGGGUUGUUAUAUCAAGGGACAGCUCAUAGGCAUAUGACGGAAGUUUUAUUAAACGAAAUUGGACGUCCACCUGGGCCGGAAAUGGAUAACAGCGUUGAUAGAGAAUCUUAUGCUUUAGCAGCCGGAUUAGGAUUGGGUUUAGUUAUUUUAGGGCAAGGAGAUAAACCUUGCGGGCUUGGAGAUUUAAAUAUCGCCGAUACACUUCAUUACUACAUCAUCGGCGGAAAUAAAAGACCUAGAACGGGACCACAAAGAGAAAAAUAUAAAAUACCGUCGUUUCAAAUCAAAGAAGGCGCCACCGUUAAUUUAGAUGUAACAGCUUCUGGGUCUACAUUAGCUUUGGGAAUGAUGUAUUUUGGAACGGGGAAUAAAGUCGUUGCCGAUUGGAUGUCAAUUCCAGAUACACAAUUUUUAUUAGACGCCGUUCGACCCGACUUUUUAAUACUAAGAACUUUAGCUAAGUCUUUAAUCCUUUGGAAUGAUAUCGAAGCUUCUAUAGAUUGGAUCGAGGGGCACAUUCCUGCGAAUAUUAAGCCGUUUUGUAUGGUUGAACCUUGGAAUAAUGACAUUGAUUAUGAAGCUGUGAAUCAAGCUUAUUGUAAUAUAGUUUCCGGUGCGUGUUUCGCGUUAGGAUUAAAACACGCGGGAUCGGCAAACGAACAAGUUUUUCAAGUUCUCCUCCAUUAUUGCCAUUUAUUCACGAGCCUCUUAGGAAAAUCUUUAGCCGAAUUAGCCGGAAAACCGUGUAUAGAGUGUUGCUUAAAUCUCGUAUUACUUUCAACAUCAAUGGUAAUGGCCGGAACUGGAAAUAUAGAAAUAAUGAGAAUCAUUCGACAUUUAAGACGUCGCGUUGGAACGGCGGCUUCCGCUGUCGUCACAUACGGCUCUCACUUAGCCACUCAUAUGGCGUUAGGUUUAUUAUUUCUAGGAGGUGGAAGAUACACGCUUUGUAAUAACCCGGCGAGUGUUGCCGCUUUAAUUAUUGCGUUUUAUCCAAAAUUUCCAAUGCAUUCCAACGAUAAUCGUUACCAUCUUCAAGCGUUUAGACAUUUAUAUGUUUUGGCGAUUGAACCAAGAUUAUUAGUAACUAAGGAUGUUAUGAAAGGAAAAAUGUGUUACGCAAAUUUAAGUUUAAUCAAAUUAAACGGCGAAACGAUCCAGUUAAAAGCACCGGCGUUACUUCCGGAAUUAAAUUCAUUGUUUAAAGUUUGCGUAGACGACGAACGUUAUUUACCCGUCGUUUUUGAAAGGGGAAGAAACUGGGAUAAAUUAGAAUCAAUUUUGAGUACUUACAAAGGAGUUUGUAUCAUGCAAAGAGCCGGUUGCGGUGGUUUUUCCGAAGAAGAUAACGAAAAUAAUCGAUUAGAAUUAACAGAAAAAAGUCCAUGGUUACCAUCGAAAGAAUCAAUUUUAACAUUUUCACCUGAUUGUACCGUUUGGAGUUUUUGUAAUUACUUUUUAAGCGAACGCAAAGAUUUAAGCGAAAAAGAACACGUUUUGAAACAACAAAUUUUAAGGGGAAGUUACGAAUCGGUUAUUGGAGAUAAAUUAAAUGUUCUUCCGAUUUUUUUGAAUUUAUUAAAGGUUAUCGAAAAUAUUUCCUCGAUCGACUACAUCCAAUUAUGGCAAUUUAAAAUAAUAUCGCGGGCAAUUUUAAAAAGGAAUUUAUGCACAACGUUGAUUUCAAUCGAAAAUAUGUCAUCAAUGCGAAGUAAUAUCCUCGAUUAUUUAGAAAGGCAAGAAAUUAAAUUAAAACAAAGUAUAAAAUCGUACUUGAAUGGGAAAAUCGACGAUUGCAAAAACGAUGUUUUAUACGAUCUUGUUAGUUAUGUAACGUUUUUUGAUAUUCCUUUCCAUUUUAAUAACUUUAGCGCGUCUCAAAAUAAAUUCGAGAUGAUGCAAAAUUUAAAGUUAUUAAAUGUACCUUUGGAGAUGUUAAAUAAGGUUAUAACUCUUAGUGAGUAGGAUGAAAUAAAUUUUUUUUAUUUAA